AUGGCUCUGCUUGCGAGAUUUCCUGUUCGCCGAGUUUUGCAGUCGAAAAGCCUUCGUUCUUGCCAAUUGAACAAACAACCACCAUCGUCCCAGGUCACCCGGCGUGCAUUGACCUUGAAACAUCACGGAGACACAAAUCCAGCAGAUGGAACUACCACACGAGUACGGAAUAAAAUCUUUCGAAACACAAAGCGGAUUGCAUUGGUCUCGCUUAUUGGAGGCGUUUCAAUUGUGGCAUACAGUAUCUACCACCUCAACAACCCCCGGGAACAACUCCAGCCAGAUCCCAGCAAGAAAACUCUUGUAAUUCUGGGAACGGGAUGGGGAUCGACAUCAUUGCUGAAAGAGAUUGAUUCUUCAAACUACAAUGUCGUGGUGAUAUCAUCACGCAACUAUUUUCUUUUCACCCCCUUGCUGCCGUCUUGCGUGACCGGUUUACUAGACACUCGGUCUCUGAUGGAACCCAUUCGGAAUAUCUUGCGUCACAAAACGACAGCGGUCAAAUUCUACGAUGCGGAAGCAACAAAUAUCGAUUAUGAAAAAAGGGUGGUGCAUUUCAAGAGUGACUCCAAUGACUCGUCCGCUGGUGAAAUCCCGUUCGACUUGCUUGUUGUCGGAGUUGGUGCGGAGAAUGCUACCUUUGGAAUUGAGGGUGUGAAGGACCAUGCCUGCUUCCUUAAGGAAGCAGAAGAUGCGCAAAAGAUUCGCAGGGAAGUGAUGGCCCGCGUCGAACAAGCUGCUCUCAAGGGCCAAGCGCAAGAGGAAAUUAACCGACUUUUGCAUAUGGUUGUUGUGGGAGGUGGCCCUACGGGAAUUGAGAUAGCGGCUGAGUUGCAAGACUUCUUCAAAGACGAUUUGAAGAAAUGGCUUCCAGAGCUUUCGGAUAAACUCACGGUCACCUUGAUUGAAGCCCUUCCAACUGUGCUUCCAAUGUUUUCCAAGAAAUUGAUCAAUUUCACCGAGUUAACUUUUCAGGAAGAAAGUAUUGCGAUCCGGAAAAGGACGAUGGUUAAAAGGGUUUCAGACACGGAAAUCGAAGUGGAGUCCCGGGACCUUGAUGGUACCAUCAGAAAGGAGGUGAUUCCUUAUGGAGUUUUGAUCUGGGCGGGCGGUAAUGCCGUCCGCCCGAUUGUGAAGGACUUCAUGGGCCAACUUCCAUCCCAAGCUACUUCUCGUCGAGGACUCGCUGUUGAUGACUACCUUCAGGUGAAAGGUACUAGUGGGGUUUGGGCGGUGGGUGACUGUACUCAGACCUCCUUCGCGCCAACAGCCCAGGUUGCUAGCCAGCAGGGUGCCUUUUUGGGCAAACUCCUCAACGCCAUGGCAACAGCAGAGAAACAAUCGCUCAACAAUAUUGCUGGUGAAGUCGACCAGCCGCUUCUCGGAUCAAAGGCAGCCAAGGCAUUCAAUUAUAUCCACCAGGGAAGCCUGGCUUAUAUUGGUAACGAACGGGCCAUUGCGGAUAUCCCGCUGCUGGGUAUGAAUGUCGCAAGUGGCGGACAAUGGACUUUCCUCUUCUGGCGUGUGGCCUACGUUAAGAUGUGCCUCAGUGUUCGCAACCGAUAUUUUAUCAUGGGUGAUUGGCUCAGAGUUCAACUGUUUGGCCGGGAUGUGUCCAGUCAAUAG